GAAGUUCUUGAGGCCAAAUCUGGCUGCUAAAAAACAUCAAAGGAAGCUUGCACCAAACGCUCUGCAGGGCCGCCUCAGAAGCCUGCCAUCACCCAGUGUGGUGCAGAAUGGCGCCCCCCACAGGUGUGCUCUCUUCAUUGCUGCUGCUGGUGACAGUUGCAGGUUGUGCCUGUAAGCAGUGCAGCGAGGGGAGGACAUAUUCCAAUGCAGUCAUUUCACCUAACUUGGAAACCACCAGAAUCAUGCGGGUGUCUCACACCUUCCCUGUCGUAGACUGCACAGCCGCUUGCUGUGACCUGUCCAGCUGUGACCUGGCCUGGUGGUUCGAGGGCCACUGCUACCUGGUGAGCUGCCCCCACAAAGAGAACUGUGAGCCCAAGAAGAUGGGCCCCAUCAGGUCUUAUCUCACUUUUGUGCUCAGGCCUGUUCAGAGGCCUGCACAGCUGCUGGACUAUGGGGACAUGAUGCUGAACAGGGGCUCCCCCUCGGGGAUCUGGGGGGACUCACCUGAGGAUAUCAGAAAGGACUUACCCUUUCUAGGCAAAGAUUGGGGACUAGGGGAGAUGUCUGAGUACUCAGAUGACUACCGGGAGCUGGAGAAGGACCUCUUGCAACCCAAUGGCAAGCAGGAGCCCAGAGGGAGUGCCGAGUACAUGGACUGGGGCCUACUGCCAGGCAGCGAGGGGGGCUUCAACUCCUCUGUUGGAGACAGCCCUGAGGUGCCAGUGGAGACACAGCAGGACCCUGAGCUCCAUUACCUGAAUGAGUCAGCUUCAACCCCUGCCCCAAAACUCCCUGAGAGAAGUGUGUUGCUUCCCUUGCCGACUACCCUAUCUUCAGGAGAGCUGUUGGAGAAAGAAAAGGCUUCUCAGCUCCAGGAACAAUCCAGCAACAGCUCUGGAAAAGAGGUUCUAAUGCCUUCCCAUAGUCUUCCUCCAGCAAGCCUGGAGCUCAGCUCAGCCACCGUGAAGAAAAGCCCAGUGCUCACAGUCACCCUGGGGAGUACAGAGCACAGCAUCCCAACACCUCCCACUAGUACAGCCUCCUCUGGGUCCACCCCAUCUGAGCUACCCAUAUCUCCUACCACUGCUCCCAGGACAGUGAAAGAACUUAUGGUAUCGGCUGGAGAUAACCUAAUUAUAACUUUACCCGACAAUGAAGUUGAACUGAAGGCCUUUGUUGUGCCAGCGCCACCUGCAGAAACAACCUACAGCUAUGAAUGGAGUUUAAUAAGCCACCCCAUAGACUACCAAGGUGAAAUAAAACAAGGACACAUGCAAACUCUUAAUCUCUCUCAAUUGUCCGUUGGACUUUAUGUCUUCAAAGUCGCUGUUUCUAGUGAAAACGCCUUUGGAGAAGGAUUUGUCAAUGUCACUGUUAAGCCUGCCAGAAGAGCCAAUCUGCCACCUGUAGCCGUUGUUUCUCCCCAACUGCAAGAGCUCACUUUGCCUUUGACGUCAGCCCUCAUUGAUGGCAGCCAAAGUACAGAUGAUACUGAAAUAGUGAGUUAUCACUGGGAAGAAAUUAACGGGCCCUUCAUAGAAAAGAAGACUUCAGUUGACUCUCCCGUCUUACGCUUGUCUAACCUUGAUCCUGGUAACUAUAGUUUCAGGUUGACUGUUACAGACUCGGACGGAGCCACUAACUCUACAACUGCAGCCCUAAUAGUCAACAAUGCUGUGGACUACCCACCGGUCGCUAACGCUGGACCAAAUCACACUAUAACUUUGCCUCAAAACUCCAUCACUUUGAAUGGAAACCAGAGCAGUGACGAUCACCAGAUUGUCCUCUAUGAGUGGUCCCUGGGUCCUGGGAGUGAGGGCAAACAUGUGGCCAUGCAGGGCGUGCAGACACCGUACCUUCAUUUAUCUGCAAUGCAGGAAGGAGAUUAUACAUUUCAGCUGAAGGUGACAGAUUCUUCACGGCAGCAGUCCACUGCUGUGGUGACUGUGAUCGUCCAGCCUGAAAAUAACAGACCACCAGUGGCUGUGGCCGGCCCUGAUCAAGAGCUGAUCUUCCCAGUGGAAAGUGCUACCCUGGAUGGGAGCAGCAGCAGUGAUGACCACGGCAUUGUCUUCUACCACUGGGAGCACGUCAGAGGCCCCAGUGCAGUGGAGAUGGAAAAUAUUGACAAAGCAAUAGCCACUGUGACUGGUCUUCAGGUGGGGACCUACCGCUUCCGUUUGACCGUGAAAGACCAGCAGGGACUGAGCAGCACGUCCACCCUCACUGUGGCUGUGAAGAAGGAAAAUAAUAGUCCUCCCAGAGCCCGGGCUGGUGGCAGACAUGUUCUUCUGCUUCCCAAUAAUUCCGUUACUUUGGAUGGUUCAAGGUCUACUGAUGACCAAGGAAUUGUGUCCUAUCUGUGGAUCCGGGAUGGCCAGAGUCCAGCAGCUGGAGAUGUCAUCGAUGGCUCUGACCACAGUGCGGCCCUGCAGCUUACGAAUCUGGUGGAGGGAGUGUACACUUUCCACUUGCGAGUCACCGACAGUCAGGGGGCCUCGGACACGGACACUGCCACUGUGGAAGUGCAGCCAGACCCUAGGAGGAGUGGCCUGGUGGAGCUGACCCUGCAGGUUGGUGUUGGGCAGCUGACAGAGCAGCGGAAGGACACCCUGGUGAGGCAGCUGGCUGUGUUGCUGAACGUGCUGGACUCGGACAUUAAGGUCCAGAAGAUUCGGGCCCAUUCGGAUCUCAGCACCGUGAUUGUGUUUUAUGUACAGAGCGGGCCACCUUUCAAGGUUCUCAAAGCUGCUGAAGUGGCCCGAAAUCUGCACACGCGACUCUCAAAGGAGAAGGCUGACUUCUUGCUUUUCAAGGUCUUGAGGGUUGAUACAGCAGAGUGGAGUAUAUUCUAUGUGACAGUGUUGGGUUUUACUCUUACUGUGCUAACAGGAGGUUUCACUUGGCUUUGCAUCUGCUGCUGCAAAAGACAAAAAAGGACUAAAAUCAGGAAAAAAACAAAGUACACCAUCCUGGAUAACAUGGAUGAACAGGAAAGAAUGGAACUGAGGCCCAAAUAUGGUAUCAAGCACCGAAGCACAGAGCACAACUCCAGCCUGAUGGUAUCCGAAUCUGAGUUUGACAGCGACCAGGACACAAUCUUCAGCCGAGAAAAGAUGGAGAGAGGGAAUCCAAAGGUUUCCAUGAAUGGUUCCAUCAGAAAUGGAGCUUCCUUCAGUUAUUGCUCAAAGGACAGAUAAUGGCGCAGUCGUUUGUAAAGUGGAAGAAACCCAUAGGAAUCCUUGAAUCCAGGACCAGUCAGUGGGAGUUACAGCACAAAACCCACUCUUUUAGAAUAGUUCAUUGACCUCCUUCCCCAGUGGGCUAGAUGUGUAUCCCCACGUACUAAAAGACCGGUUUUUGAAGGCACAAAACAAAACAAAAACGUUGCUCUUUUAACUGAGAUGCUUGUUAAUAGAGAUAAAGGCUGGGUGAAACUCUAAGGUACAUACUUAAAAGAGUUUUGUGUUUUUGUAGCUGGCAGAAUCUCAUGUUAAAGAUAAAAAACUAUUUCUAUCUGUGGAACCUUAGAGAAGGUGAAUUAAAUAAGGAUUUAAAGAGGGAUGGUUUCUCCCUUAGCCACUGUGAUUGCCUGUAAGGAACAGCAUUCUAAACAUGGUUUAUCUUGUAGCACCUGCAGUCAAAUGGCUGUGUAUGUUAAAAUAGCUUAUCUAAGAGGCACAGGUUGUCUUCUGUAGAGGGACGGAGAGUCUUGCGUGUAGCAAGUUUUCUGUGCUGACGGCAACACACAGUGCAAAGCCCUCCUGGUUUUCAAUUCUGUGCUAUGUCAACGGCAGUUUUCAGCUCUCUCAAGAGAGCAGCUGUUGGCCAUUCAAGAGCUAAGGAAGAAUCAUAUUCUAAGGACUGAGGCAAUAGAAAGGGGAGGAGGAGCUUAAUGCCGUGUAGGUUGAAGGUAGCUUUGUAACAUUAUCUUUUCUUUAAGAAAAACUACAGUGACUCCUCUGGGUGUUGUUUAGCAGUCUUGUUCUCUAAUGUCAACUGAGCCCCAGUUUACAUUAAAUGCAAUAGAAGUGA